AUUUGUUGUGACGUCUCCCUUUGGACUCUUGACGUGCGGACUGAGAAGUGAGAGCGGCAGCUGGGUGUCGAUUGGCAGUGCGAAAAGAUGGACAAGGAGGUGAGGGCCCUGCUGCGGCGCGUCCUGCUCGACGGACUGGCCCUGGCCGCAGUCGGUAUCCCCUUGCUGGUGUUUAAAUUAUGGGGCCAGCCUUACCAGCGAGGAUUUUUCUGCAACGACGAGUCCCUGCAGCACCCUUUCCACGACUCCACGGUCACCUCCGAGAUGCUCUACGUCACCGGAUUCGUCAUUCCCAUCGCCAUCUUCUUCGGCACGGAGGUCCGUAGGAAGCGUCAGGGUUGUCGAGCCGUGGGGGCGCGGCCACUUCCCCUCUGGCUGUGGGAGACCUACAGGGUGGUGGGCGUGUUCCUGUUCGGCGCCGCCUGCUCGCAGCUGACGACCGACAUCGGCAAGUACACGAUCGGUCGACUGCGGCCGCACUUCCUGCAGCUGUGCCAGCCCAACAUCGACUGCAGCCUGGCCGAGAACAGGCACGUCUACCACGAGGCCUUCGAGUGCACCAACGCCUUCGUCGACGCCUACAGACUCAAGGAGGUCCGCCUCUCCUUCCCCUCGGGCCACUCGUCCUUCUCCGCCUACACCAUGGUCUUCCUCGUUAUUUACGUGCAGGUUCGAUGGACGCGACACCGCAUUUUCACGCUGUUGCGGCCCUUCGUGCAGUUCCUGGCACUGUCCCUGGCCUGGUUCACCGCCCUGACCAGGGUGUCCAACUACAAACACCACUGGAGCGACGUCCUCGUUGGUUCUCUCCAGGGCACCAUCGUCGCCAUCCUCAUCCCUUAUCUGGCGGCCAGGGGGGCUCCCAUUCAUUGUCAGUCAGCAGCGUGCGGCAUGGCGCAGCUCGUCGGCUUCCUGGGCUCCUCGGUCCUCGUCGACUGGACCAUCCUCCUCGCAGAGGGUGCGGCGGUGUUGCUGGUGCCUCUGCUGUCGAGCGCCAAGCGGCGCGGCUUCUCGUGCUCGGACACGUCGAUCCGGCAGCCGUACGUCGAGGAGACGAUUCCCACGUGGGCGCUCGGCGUCGGAUUCGUCGUCGGAGCUCUCCUUUUGAUGGUAUUAUUUGAGCUGAUGAUGAGCGAGACUGGGCCGAGCGGGGUCGUGUGUCGGGGCCGGGCCCUGCCAGUGUGGGCCGUGAGGCUGUACUCGGUCGUCACCGCCUUUCUCUGCGGCGCCGGAUUUAGUCAAAUGACCACCGACAUCGCCAAGUACCACAUUGGUGCUUUGAGGCCGCACUUCUUCCAGGUUUGCCAGCCGAACGUGAGCUGCGACGAAAACGUGGACCCUUUUCGAUUCUACGGACCCGGCGACUACCGCUGCACCCACUGGACUGAGGAGCAGCUCGCCGACUCGCGCCUCUCCUUUCCCUCGGGACACGCCAGCCUCUCUUUCUACGUCUCUACCUACCUCGCGUUUUAUCUGCAGAGCCGCGUGCGCGACUGCUCGAACGAGCGGCGGCUGGCGUGCUUCCUGGUGCGGCCGCUGGUGCAGGGACUGGCGCUGCUCGCAGCCUGGUUCACCGCCGUCUCGCGAGUGAUGGACAACAUGCACCACUGGCGGGACGUCACCGCCGGCGCCCUCAUCGGCAUCGUCGCCGCCAUCCUCAUCAUUCAAAGUUUGAAGCCGUUCAAGGACGUGCGGUGCCUGAGGCCGAACGAGGAGUCUCCGCUGCGGCGCCUGCAGGCCAACGGUCUCGACCUCGAGAGAAACUGAGUCGCGACUCGCCGCCAAAGUGACAAUAAUAAUUAAAAGGCAAACGAUUUCGCAAACUGCCAUGCUCGGAGACCCGAAAUUAGCGCGAGUUCGGCGAAAGAGUUGCACGUUUUGCUCAACCCUUUACCUUAUUAACGAAGUGUGUUUUCUUUGGAAGUAAAUUUAUUUGACGCGCGUGUGUGUGUUUACGCCGGAGAUUGAAUAAAUAAAUAAAAAAGCGCUGAGAGUGCGUCGGCGGCGGCAGCCAGCGGA